UUUCCCUGGGAGCCUAGCCUCAUUGCCAGGAAAGGUGAGCUCAGAAGAAGACUUACAAGGCAGAUCAGACUGCUCUCCAGCUGAUCUCAUACAAACACUCCAGACCUCCAGCAGCUCCAGGAGUCAAAAACACCAGCAGUGGACCGAGGCCCUACAGCUGCCUGCAGCCAUGUUGGCCCUCAGUCUGCUCGUGCUGGGUCUGCUCUCAGAAGUGGCACCUGCCAGCUGUCAACAAGGUCUAGGAAACCUUCAGCCCUGGAUGCAAGGCCUCAUUGCUGUCGCUGUGUUCUUGGUCCUUGUUGCAAUCGUCUUUGCCGUCAACCACUUCUGGUGCCAGGAGGAGCCGGAGCCUGGGAGCACGGUGAUGAUCAUUGGAAACAAGGCAGAUGGGGUCCUGGUGGGAAUGGAUGGCAGAUACUCCUCAAUGGCAUCUGGUUUUAGGUCCAGCGAGCACAAGAAUGCCUACGAGAAUGUUCUGGAGGAAGAGGGCAGGGUCCGCAGCACACCCAUGUGACAAACUUCUCUGUGGCCCUAGUCCCCAGGCUACAGGGAAUAUAGAGUUGAUCCCCACCAUCUCACCCAGCCACUGCUCUACAGGAAUCUAUUGAAACAAGCUGACUCCCUCACCUCUCUAGAAUCACAGUCAUCUCAGGCUAGGACUCAGACCAAGCUGAGCACAUCAUGUGCUGUGACCCUGGGGUUUCCUGGGGGUCUUCUACCCAGUUCUGAGGAGCCUUGUGAAGGGUUGGCUGGCUCAGCUCCUCCCCUCCCCUUUCCUCCUGCAACUAUGGAAGUGGUUCUUAUUUCUGUGAAAUAAAGACUUUUUAUAUUUCUGGGA